AUGAAGACUUCCUUCAUCGCCGCUCUUCUUCUCCUGCUCAAUGGCACACGUUCCCAAGUUCGCAAUGUGCAAGUAUGGCUUGACUAUGAAAACGAAUCCAGAGGACGUGUGGCGGAGAGAAAAGGCAUUUCGAACAUGAACAAGCUGGUGAGCACGUUGAAACGAUCAUAACGCAUGUGUAGAGUUGAGGUGAUCGACAAUAGUUUGAAGACGUGCAUUGAGAGUCUCAAGGGCGAUGACCCAUGCACUUGGGAGUCGUAUCGGAGCAAUUCGCAUUGCCAAGUGAUGUUCGCCUUCCAAGAACUCGAUGCUUCGUCCCAGUUCAUGAAAAUUCCGGACGCCUCCCGAUUGGCGUUGAUCAACUAUCCCUGUUCGCGCCCUUCCAAUAAAUAA